AUGACUGCUAGCGACGAGGACCACAUCGCAGCUGUGGACAGAGAGGUCGCAGGCCUCGCCUCGAACCACGAGAACUCCUAUCCCUCCUCCGAGAAGAAGAAGGGAACUCAAGAUGUCUCUGAGAAGACCUCUGUCGGCGGCACAGACGAGCUCGACACGGAGAAGCAGCAAGCCGACAGGACCACGGAAGAAGUGCCCCCGCGCGACAUCUCCGGCUGGAGAUGGGUCGUCGUCGUGCUCUCCAUCCUCAGCUCCACGUUCCUCUUCGCCCUCGACAACACGAUCGUGGCGGACAUCCAGCCUGUCGUCGUGCGGGAGUUCGACGCCGUGGCCAAGCUCACCUGGCUCUCGGUCUCGUUCCUGCUCGGCGCCGCGGCCACGAACCUGGUCUGGGGGAAGAUCUUUGGACAGUUCAAUGCCAAGUGGACGUACAUCCUCUGCGUGACGUUGUUCGAGGCCGGGAGUGCCGUCUGUGGCGCCGCGCCCACGAUCGAGGCGUUGAUUAUCGGGCGGGCGAUCUGCGGAGUGGGUGGGAGCGGGAUGUACGUUGGGGUGAUGACACUGCUGGCAGCGACGACGACCAUCCACGAGAGGCCGCUGUACGUGGGCGGAACGGGCCUGACUUGGGGCCUGGGCACGGUCUUGGGACCCAUCAUUGGAGGAGCCUUCUCGGACAGCUCUGCGGGCUGGCGUUGGUCCUUCUAUAUCAACCUCUGCAUCGGUGGACUGUGUGCUCCGGUCUAUCUCUUCAUGCUCCCUAACCAGGACCCUCGCCCCGGAGUCACACUCCUCGACCGUGCUCGUGAGAUGGACUACCUCGGUGCUCUCCUGACCAUCGGCGCUUUCGUCUCGGGCGUGAUGGCCAUCUCCUGCGGGGGCGUGCAGUAUGAGUGGGAUUCCGGGACUACCAUCGGCCUCUUCGUCUGCUCCGGCCUCCUCUUCAUCGUGCUGGGCCUGCAACAGGUCUACACGGUCUUCACCAACACGAGCCGCCGCAUCUUCCCCGUGGAGUUCUUCCGGUCCCGGACGAUCCUCAUCCUCUUUGGCAUGACGGCCGCAGGGGGGACGGCAGUCUUCAUCCCCAUCUACAUGAUGCCCAUCUACUUCCAGUACACGAGGGGGGACUCGGCGCUGGAGGCUGGGGUGCGAUUACUGCCGUUCAUCUUCCUGAUGAUUUUCGCUGUCAUCGGGAACGGCGCCGUCUUGUCUGCCUACGGAUACUACAUGCCCUGGUACACGGCCGGUGGCAUCUUCAUCGUGAUCGGCGGCGCGCUGAUGUACACCGUCGACACCACGACCUCCACCUCUGCCGUCUACGGCUACAGCAUCCUCGUCGGCUUCGGCUGCGGGCUCUUCGCGCAGGCCUCGUUCUCCGUGGCCCAAGCCAUCGUGGAGCCGUCGAACGUCGCCGCCGCGGUAGGCUUCAUCACCUGCGCGCAGGUGACCGGCGUCACCAUCGCGCUCGCGAUCGCGAACGCCGUGUUCCUCAACGGCUCCCAGGACAAGAUCGCCGCUCUGCUGCCCGCGGUGCCGCUCUCCGAUAUCCAGUCUGCCAUCUCGGGGGGCGGGAGCGACUUUGUGAAGAGUCUGAGCCCGGAUUUGCAGGAGCAGGUGUUGGUUGCGAUUGUGGACAGCAUGAGCAAAACGUACGUCCUGGUGAUUGUAGCCGGAGCGGUGGCGGUCGUGCUGAGUGCGGGGAUGAAGAGGGAGAGGCUGUUCAUGGCUGCUGGUCACGCUGGGUAG